AGUAACAUUAGGACACGCUGUCCUUUCUUUUGUGAACGUUGUAUAAGUGCGGUUAGAUCGGGAUUUAAUUUACCGAAAAAUUAAUAUAUCUGCAAACCGCCACGAUGGCGAAAUUUGAUUUAACGUCUCGUAUAGGACAAUAUCUCGACCGCCACUUAGUAUUUCCUUUGCUGGAAUUUUUGUCAGCGAAACAGAUUUACGACGAGGAUGAGUUACUGCAAGCUAAGCUCGAUAUUCUCAGCAAAACCAACAUGAUCGACUACACUAUCGACAUUAGAAAACAGUUGUAUCCGAAUGUAGAAGUACCGGAGGAGAUAAAAGCCAGACGUGCUGAUGUUCUUCAGGAACUACAGUCGCUACAAAAUAACGUUUCCGUAGUUAUAGCUCUUAUGAAUAAUGAGGAAGUUAUGAAGAAGAUGGAAAAUAUGCGUGAUUCUAAAGCGUUGAAUAAUUAUCUUACUCAGGAAUCUGAUUUUAGGGUAGAAAUGAUGGAUAGUUUUGUAAAGCUUGCCAAGUAUCGUUAUGAAUGUGGCAAUUAUUCUGUCUCUACAUCGUAUUUAUACUUCUACAUGUUAAUCAUGCCACCUACUGAUAAGAACUAUUUAAAUGUUUUAUGGGGAAAAUUAGCAUCAGAGAUUCUUGUACAAAAUUGGGAAACAGCAUUGGAAGAUGUAAACAAAUUACGAGAGUACAUUGAUAGUAAUGUUAUUGGCAAUUCAUUACAAGUAUUGCAACAGCGCACAUGGCUCAUUCAUUGGAGCUUAUUUGUAUUUUUCAAUCACGUGAAGGGGAGAGAUCUCAUUAUCGAGAUGUUCCUCUAUCGACCGCAUUACUUGAAUGCUAUUCAAACAAUGUGUCCGCAUAUACUGCGUUACUUAGCCGCCGCAGUUAUUGUCAAUCGUUCUAGACGGUCUAUUUUGAAGGAUCUUGUGAAAGUGAUACAACAGGAGUCUUACACGUAUCGAGACCCAAUCACAGAAUUUCUCGAACACUUGUAUGUUAAUUUCGAUUUUGAUGGAGCCCGACAGAAGUUACAAGAGUGUCAGACUGUUGUCUUUAACGAUUUUUUCCUAAUUGCUUUACUAAAUGAAUUCGUGGAAAACGCUCGAUUAAUGAUUUUCGAAACGUUCUGCAGAAUUCAUCAGUGCAUAAGUAUUCAAAUGCUUGCGGAAAAACUGAAUAUGAAGGCGGAUGUGGCGGAAUGUUGGAUCGUGAACUUGAUCCGUAACGCGCGUUUAGACGCCAAGAUCGAUAGCAAGUUGGGACAUGUAGUAAUGGGAGGUCAACCGGCGUCACCGUAUCAGCAACUGGUCGAAAAGAUUGAGACCUUGAGUGUACGAAGCGAGGCAUUAGAGAAUCUAAUCGAGAGAAAAUUGAAAGCGAAAAAUCAAGACCCAGUAAGUAUAGUGUGGAACUAACCGAGUAUCAACAUUCAUGGAAUUUAGAUUUGUGACAUCUGGAUACAACGUGGAGAAGCAAUGGGCAAAAAAAAGCUUCGGAUCUGUGAAGCAACCAUGUAACUUCUCCCGAAUACGAAAGGAAAGGAUGAUAAUGAAAAUUACAUUUGGAUACGGCAUGAAAUGAAUGUAUUUUUAUUCAAUAGUCAAAAUCGAUACUAUACAAACAAAUAUGACAAACCAUUUUUUUGUGUAAAAAGAGACUGUCGCAUUUCUAUUUAUUAUACAUGAUGUUUAUCGCGUAAUCUUCUUUUAAAAACCGUCAAUUUUGUCUAUUUCUCUCUAUCAUCGAAAAUGACAGAUUUAUAAAUAUAAUUAGUUGAUGUGAAA